AUGGCCGCGCCCGAACUUCGAAAGCGGCACGCCAGUCUGACGGAUGACAGCUCGGAUGAUUCGCUCGAUGAGCGCGAGAUGGACCAGAUGGUCGACGAGAUGCACAAGGAGGGCGAGGACAAUGAGAACCAGUCGCGCUGGAGCAAAGUGAAGGCUUGCUGCAAAGAGUGGGGCCAAACGUCGUCCUGCCACGGCGUGCCCCACAUGGCACAGGCGCAUACGGUAGCUGCAGCGUCGCAUAGAAUACCAUCCAUUUCAGCUGUUCGCUGCGAUUGUGUGGGGUGUCAUCCUGUUUUCGCGGCCUGCGGGUUCGUCUACCUGUUCUCGUCGACCCUCAUCCAAUAUUUGUCGUUCGGCAAGAUUGUCAUGCUCAAUCUUGGGAUGGAGUCGGCAAACUUUCCGUCGGUCACCUUCUGCAACAUCAACCCCUACAAAUUGUCGAAGAUCAAGGGCGUUCAGGAGCUGAACGCACUGCUGACCGUCUACGAGAACGCCGGCACCACG